CCAGGCCACUGUGGGUGCGCUGGAAGCCUUCUCUGGCUGCCUGGCCCAGUGACUGGGAAUCUUCUCUUUGGGUUGGCAGAGCUGGAGAGGAGAGCUUGGGAGAAUGGCUGCCCUGCUUGGAGCCAAGACCCCCCUGAAGAGGGUGGCGAUCUUUGGGGGCACCCACGGGAAUGAACUCUCUGGGGUGCUUCUGGUCAGACACUGGGAAGAAGAUGGAGCUGAAGUGCAGAGAGCAGGUCUACAGGUGAAGCCCUUUAUCGCCAACCCCCGGGCUGUGCAGAAGGGCUCCAGGUACAUUGACUGCGACCUGAACCGAGUCUUUGAUCCUGCCCAUCUAGGCAUGGAAAUAACAGAGGACUCGCCUUACGAAGUCAGCCAGGCCCAGGAAAUACACCGCGUGUUUGGCCCCAAAGGGAGUGAAGACGCCUAUGACGUGAUUCUCGACCUCCACAACACCACCUCUAACAUGGGCUGCACUCUCAUUCUGGAGACCUCCGAGGAUGACGUGCUAAUCCAGAUGUUUCAUUACAUUAAGAGUUCCCUGGCUCCCAUGCCCUGCUUUGUGUAUCUUAUUGACCACCCUUCUCUGAAAUACGCCACCACACGCUCCGUGGCAAAGCAUCCCGUGGGUGUAGAGGUUGGUCCCCAGCCUCACGGGGUUCUCAGAGCUGAUAUUCUUGAUCAGAUGAGGAGAAUAGUAAGGCAUGCCCUGGACUUCAUCCAGUAUUUCAAUGAAGGAAGAGAAUUCCCUGCCUGUUCACUGGAGGUUUACCAGGUCACGGAGAAAGUUGACUAUCCUCAUAAGGAAAACGGGGAGAUCUCUGCUGUGAUCCAUCCCAGCUUGCAGGACCAAGACUGGAAGCCGCUGAACCCCGGGGACCCCAUGUUUCUCACAGUGGAUGGGAAGACCAUUCCAUUUGAUGGAGAUGGCACCGUCUACCCCGUGUUUGUGAACGAGGCCGCUUAUUAUGAGAAAGGAGAAGCCUUUGCCAAGACUCUCAAAGUGACUCUGACUGCAAGAAGCCUCAACUGCCUGUCCCCCUAGGGUGGGUGGAGGCUCUUGGGGGUAGCCCCUGCAGGGCUGGCCAGUGCCUUAUUCCUCUCGGUGUCCCCCCAGCAACCAGCUCAGUGCCUUACACAGAGAAGAGGCAGAAAAAGAGGAAGAAAAGCUGGGUGACUGUGCCCAAGUCACGCCUCCUCUCUGACCCUCGCUUUCUUCCUGGGGUGGGGGAUGGGAGGGAAGGGGUUUGCCCCACUCCAGGUGAUGACCUGAGGCCUCUCAGAGAGAGGUUUGAGGGCUCCCUGACUCCUGACCACCGGCCUCCCUCCUCUGUCUGGUGGGAGGAGAAGUGAGAUGCUUAAUA